AUGGCUUCAGCUUUAUCCUCUAUCAUCAACCAACCUCACACUGCUCAACGCUUCAAGCUUCAUUCUCCUUCUUCUUUCACUACUUUCACUUUCUUCAAACACAAAUUCAAACCUUCAUCUCCACGUCCUCUUCAUCUCAUCACACCUUCUAGAACCUUCUCCGUUUCCAAUAAAUCGGAAGAACCCUCCCUCCGUCACUUGAUCGCUCGCGCUUCUCUAACGGCUUCCCAUUUUCAACCACAUGUUGUUGCGGAUACUGAAGUUUCUUCGACCGGUCGAAUCUAUCAUGAGACGUAUGGAUGUCAAAUGAAUGUUAAUGAUAUGGAGAUUGUUUUAUCUAUAAUGCAAAAGGCUGGAUAUAAUGAAAUUGCGACUGUUCCGGAGAAUGCAGAGAUAAUAUUCAUUAACACAUGUGCUAUAAGAGAAAAUGCAGAACUCAAAGUGUGGCAGAGGCUUAAUUACUUUUGGUUUCUUAAGAGGAAUUGGAAGGCCAAUGUUGCUAAUGGAAGGUCGCAAUCUCUUCGUCCUCCCAAGGUGGUUGUUUUGGGAUGUAUGGCGGAGAGGUUAAAGGAGAAGAUACUUGAUGCGGAUAAAAUGGUUGAUGUUGUAUGUGGGCCGGAUGCUUAUAGGGAUUUACCCAGGUUGUUGGAGGAGGUUGAGUAUGGACAGAAAGGGAUUAACACUCUUCUUUCGCUGGAGGAGACUUAUGCUGAUAUUAAUCCGGUUAGGGUUUCUAAGAAUUCAAUUACUGCUUUUGUUUCAAUUAUGAGGGGUUGCAACAAUAUGUGUUCGUUUUGUAUUGUGCCUUUUACUAGAGGUAGAGAGCGGUCUCGUCCUGUGGAUUCCAUUGUGAGAGAGGUGGGGGAGCUUUGGAAAGAGGGUGUGAAAGAAGUGACGCUUCUUGGGCAGAAUGUGAACAGCUACAAUGAUGCAUCUGUGGUUGAAAAAGAGGCUGAAUCAGGGUCUAAUUGGAAACUUAGUGAAGGAUUUUCCAGCAUAUCGAAGGUCAGAACCACAGGCUUAAGGUUUUCUGAUCUGUUGGAUAGACUCUCGUUGGAAUUUCCUGAAAUGCGAUUCAGAUUCACGUCUCCACACCCUAAAGAUUUUCCAGAUGAACUGCUUUAUCUGAUGCGUGAAAGACAUAAUAUAUGCAACUUGAUACAUUUACCUGCACAAUCAGGAAGUAGCAAAAUGAUUGAGAGAAUGAGGCGUGGAUAUACUCGAGAAGCUUACUUGAGUCUUGUGCAAAAAAUUCGAAAUAUUAUUCCAGAUGUGGCCUUGAGUAGUGAUUUCAUUUGUGGUUUUUGUGGAGAAACAGAGGAGGAUCAUUCUGCCACAUUGAGUCUUGUAAAAGAAAUUGGUUAUGAUAUGGCAUACAUGUUUGCUUAUAGCAUGAGGGAGAAAACUCAUGCCCACAGAAACUAUGUCGAUGAUGUUCCCGAGGAAACUAAGCAGAGGAGGCUAACUGAACUUAUUGAGACUUUCCGUGAGAGCACAGGAAAGUGUUACGACGAGCAGGUCGGAACUACACAGCUUGUGUUAGUUGAAGGACCGAACAAAAGAGCUCCAGAUUCGGAACUUAUAGGCAAGAGUGACAAGGGCCAUCGGGUAUUAUUUGUCAAUCUGCCAAUCUCAGACAGGGAAGAUGUUAAUACAAAGAGAAAUCCUGUGGUUGGCGAUUACGUUGAAGUCCGGAUAACACGAUCUUCAAGGGCAUCACUCUUUGGCGAUGCACUUGCUAUUACUAAAUUGAGUUCAUUUUACAAUAAUCUGGAAAAAGAGGCUGUUGCGUGCAACAUGUAA